AUGGGCCAACGGAAUCUAACAGCGCUGAUUGAAUUCAUUCUAACAGGAGUGACAAGGCAGCCUGAGCUACAGCUUCCACUUUUUGGGGUCUUCUUCAUCAUCUACACGAUCACAGUGGUGGGCAACAUGGGCAUAAUCAUUCUGACCAAACUGGACUCCCAGCUACAUACACCUAUGUAUUUUUUUAUCAGACACCUGGCUUACAUUGAUCUUGGUAAUUCCACUGUCAUUUGCCCCAAGAUGCUGGUAAAUUUUGUUGUGGAUCAAAAUACCAUUUCUUAUUCUGCAUGUGCCACACAGCUGGCUUUCUUCCUUCUGUUCAUUAUUAGUGAAUUUUUCAUCCUGUCGGCCAUGGCUUAUGACCGCUAUGUGGCCAUCUGUAGCCCUCUGCUCUACAAUGUUAUCAUGUCUCCCAGACUUUGCCAUAUGCUGGUAGGCAUUCCCUAUCUCUACGGUACUGUUCAGGCUCUGACAUUCACUAUUAAGAUUUUCACACUGAACUUUUGUGGCUCUAAUGUUAUCAGCCAUUUUUAUUGUGAUGAUGUUCCCUUGUUACCUAUGCUCUGCUCAAAUGCACGGGAAAUAGAAUUGUUGAUCAUACUGUUUGCAGCAUUUAAUCUGAUUUCCUCCCUUCUGGUAGUCCUCGUAUCCUACAUGCUGAUCCUGUUAGCCAUAUUUCAAAUGCAUUCUGCAGAGGGGAGGAAGAAAGCUUUCUCCACGUGUGGUUCUCAUCUGGCAGUGGUGGUUGUGUUCUAUGGGUCUCUCCUCUUUAUGUACGUCCAGCCCAAAUCCACUCAUUCUUUUGAAACUGAUAAAAUGGCCUCUGUGUUUUACACGUUAGUGAUCCCCAUGCUUAACCCUUUGAUUUACAGCUUAAGGAACAAAGAGGUAAAAAAUGCCUUCCACAGGUUGUUUAAGAAUUGA